UCGCUCGCAAUGCUGACUUCAAGAUUCUGUCUACCUUUGUUAAUUCUUCUUCAGAGUCCAUAUUUAUACAGCCACCAACAUUCAGUCAACUUGACCUUAGAAGACUUUGGCUUCCAGAGCCUUAAUAUUUCCAAAGCAACAUUUCGCUCUGUUGACAAAAUACAAGUUCUGGAAUUUUCAAAUGUCAAUAUAUACAUCAUAGAAAAUGGAAGCUUGUGCUCUGCAGCUCCAGAAAAGAUAAUAUUUCGCGACAGUGGAUUUUCAAAAUUAAAUAAAAGUCAUUUUGGAGGAUGUCCAUCUCUAACAACACUAGUAUUUGACCACAGUGGUAUGACAAUAGGUGACGAAACAUUUUCGGUAUUAUUCAGCUUAAAAUACCUCCAUUUCGUUGAACAAUAUAUGGAUAAAGUGAGCAAGAAUUUUUUAAAAAAUUUGACAAGUCUGGAAAAUCUGUCUUUUUCUUCUUGCUAUUUACACGUAAUUGAAGCUGAUGCUUUCGAUGACUUGAGAAGUUUAAAACAUUUGAGUUUAAGUGAAAACAUGUUGCUUAAAUUUGACGGAUUGUUAACUCCCAACUUAAAUCAACUGACAACAUUAAGCAUUGGUUUAGAUUACCUAGAAAGUUUUCCGUUAGAGGAUUUACAACAUGUACCAAAUCUAGAAAAAUUGUGGUUAAACGACAACUAUAAUAUAACUCGUUUUGACCAGUUUAGCACAACUGUGAUGUUGAAACUGCGGCUAAUCAACUUAUCUUCAAACAAAUUAGUUCACUUUCCCUGGAAUUAUUUACAGUAUGUGCCGAAUUUAGAAGAACUUAUGUUGGACUACAAUGGAUUAAAAACCGCAUUUGGAGGUUUAUUGACCGUGGAAAUGCGAAAACUACGAAAACUCCAUUUAGAACAAAAUUAUUUAGAUGAUUUUUCGUGGAGUGAUCUAGAGUUAAUGCCAAAUUUAGAAGAGCUAAUUCUCAGUAGUAACAAGAUAAGUUGGAAUAGGUCUGUCAAAUCAAUAAUUGGCAGGUCGACUAAAUUACGAAAACUUUAUUUAAAUGACAAUAAAUUAAAGCAUUUCCCUUCCGAUAUUCUCCAAGAUAUGCCAUAUUUAGAAAAGUUACAUCUUGAGAAUAAUGAAAUUAGUACAGUUUUUGAUUUACCAGCUAAUUUACAAGCGUUGCAAGAACUGCAUUUAAAUCACAAUAAUUUGACAGAUUUUCAACGUAUGGCUAAUUUAGAUAACUUACGAAAGUUAGAUUUAAGCUACAAUAAUCUGAUCGAUUUUCACUGGAGUGUUCUAUAUUAUAUGACAAAUCUAAAAAGCUUAAUUCUAAGCAAUAACAAGAUACAAAAUAUAUUAGGCGAACCAAGAAGAGAUAAUAUUAAAAAGUUAAAAAAAUUAUAUUUAAAUAAUAACGAACUAAAACAUUUUCCAUGGAACAGUCUACAAUAUAUGCCAGGUUUAGAAGAAUUGUACCUUGCAAACAACAAAAUUAAGAUUGUGUCCGUCGAAUUCUUGGCUUUAUCAAGAUUACAAAAAUUAGAUUUAAAACACAAUAAUUUGGAUGAUUUUAAAUACAACGUAUCAGGCUCUAUGCCAAAUUUACACGUACUAAUUUAACAAAGUCAAGCAAUUGAUAAAUGACUGACUUUAUAAGUUGCAAAAUUUUUCAAUAAUUUAAUUUCAGCGAGUUUAUUACUUUUUCUAACCUAACUAACGCUUUAGAAAAAAUAAAACUUCUUUUUAGUGGCACUCUAAUGAUCCGUACAGGUAAAUACAUCUAAACUUCAUUUUCAAUCAUAAAUUUAAUGUAGGUAGGUACUUUUUCAAGGUUUCCUCUCUUUUCGGAUA